UCAGGAGUUUCUGCAAACAUCUCGACGUAUUCAGUGCUUUUUUUUACUGUUUUCAAAUGGAUUUUUUGAAUUUAUUCCAGGAAAGAGAUGCUUCUUUAUUCAUGAAAUCUGUUGCAGUUUGGUCUAACUUCACGUCGUUGAAAAUGUAGACAGCAAACUCAAGACAGCAAAAGUGUUCAGUCAAAGUGGAAAUGCAUGAGGCCUUGGUUCUGCUUAUCCUGAUAGAGGAGGGUUUCGCACUGGCACAGAAAACCCAAGCUUUGCCUCAGAAUGUGGCUGUUGAGGAUAAGAAACCCGCUCACUGUGGAACUUUGGUCCAGACGGCAAAUGGAGGAUCGUUCAGUUCUCCAAACUACCCCAACACUUACCCACCAAACAAGGAGUGUGUGUAUAUACUGGAGGCCCAUCCACGGAAGAGAAUACAACUCAUCUUCAAUGACAUCUACUAUAUCGAGCCAUCCUUUGAAUGCCGCUUUGAUAAUAUUGAAAUCCGUGAUGGGCCGUUUGCUUUCUCUCCGUUGAUUGAUCGGUUCUGCGGGUCAAAGAGUCCAGGAAUUGUCACCUCUUCUGGACGCUUUAUGUGGAUCAGGUUUACCAGCGAUGAGGAGCUGGAAGGUCUGGGCUUCAGGGUGGAGUAUUCAUAUACUGCAGAUCCUGACUUUCAUCUCCAUAUUGGGGGACUCUUGAAUCCCAUACCAGACUGUCAGUUUGAAAUGUCUGGAUCAGAUGGUAUAAUCAGAUCCAGUCAAGUUGAGGAAGAAAACAAGGUGAAAUCAGGGGAAGCAGUUGAUUGUAUUUGGACCAUACGAGCUCCACCGAUGUCUAAGAUCUAUCUCCGCUUUCUGGACUAUCAGUUGGAGAACUCAAAUGAAUGUAAGAAGAACUUUGUUGCAAUCUAUGAAGGCAGUAAUGCCAUUGAAGAUCUGAAGGCCAAGUUCUGCAGCACCGUUGCCAAUGAUAUCACGCUUGACAACGCUGUAGGUGUGGUCCGAAUGUGGGCCGACGAGACCAGCAAACUGAGCCGCUUCCGUAUGCUUUUCACAGUCUUUGCUGAACCUCCGUGUUUGGCCAACACAUUCUUCUGUCACAGCAACAUGUGCAUCAACAACACUCUGGUUUGUAACGGUGUUCAGAACUGUGUGUUUCCCUGGGAUGAGAACAACUGCAAAGAAAAGAAGUCUAAAAGUUUCUUUCAGCAGAUGAGUAAAACUCAUGGCACUGUGAUUGGAGUGGCAUCUGGUGUGGUCUUGCUUCUUCUCAUCAUAUCUGUAUUUAUACAGAUGAAGCAGCCUAGAAAGAAGGUUUUGAGCCGUAAGGGUUUGUUCAGCGCUGCAGAGAUGCAGGAGGUGCUGGAGCCUCCCCAGUACGAGCUGUUCUCCAUGCGGGAAGCGGAGCUCCCGGAGGAUCUGUCGGAGGAGCUGGAGACUCUGCAGAAACUCCGCCGCUCCUCCAGCGUGUCCCGCUGCGUGCACGAGCAUCAUUGUGGUGCUCCAAGCAGCGCCGCCUCCAUCGUCAUGGCGAGCAGAGCGCAUCAUCUCUCGCAGGGCUCUGAUGAGAUGAGCACGGUUCUUGGUGCCAGAGGCUGGGGCAGUUACCACGGACGCAGGAGCAGCUCACGCUCGCAUCCUUUCAUGCACGACCCACACGCUCACGCUUACAGCGCCCAGAGUCUGAGAGAGGCGCUGGAAGAUGAGGAGCUGGGGCUUGAGGGACGGGUGAUGGAGGAGAUCGGGUACAAUGAUUUUAUAACACGUGGACGCAACGUCGUGAUGGUACGUAAUCAUUCCAACCCCGUCCAGCAGCGCUCACUCUCUAUGGACUUCUGAGUGAAGCGGAAGUCAGCUGACACUUUAUUUGACGUGUAAAAAUUCAGUAAUAUAAUUCAUAGCUGUAAAUGUUAACAUUUACCCAAACCUUUUUUAUUAUUUUACUGUUUUAUGUCAGUGUAGGGUUUUUUUUGUUGUUGUCGUUCCCAGUACCUCCUUUGCCCAUCAUUUCAAGCAAAGUCCAGUAUUUUAUAUUGUUGUUAUUCUCUUUCCUUAAAGCUAAAUUCUUAAAAAAAAAAAAAAGAAAAAGAAAUAUAGGUCAGGACUGAAAUUAGGUUUUUAUCACACCUGUCAAUGGAUGAAUUGGCGGUAAUUAUCUCUUACUUAUGUCUUUGAGUCACCAUGAACUGGUUUUCAACUAGAAGAUUUUGUUACUGAUAAAUUCAUUUUUGAUAGUUUUUGCAAACAAUGUUCCACAGUAAAAUACAGUAAAAGCAGUAAUACCCUGAAAUAUUACUACAAAUAAAAGAGCUCUUUUCUAUUUGAAUAUAUUUUAAAAUCAAAUUUAUUUGUGUGAUGCAAAGCUACAUUUUCAGUAUCAUUACUCCAGCGUCACAUGAUCCUUCAAAAAUCAUUCUAAUAUGCUGAUUUGCUGUUAAAAAAAGAUUUUAUUAUUAUCAAUGUUGAAAAUAGUUGUACUGCUUAUUAUUUUUUUGAAAGUCUAAUACAUUUUUCAUGAUUCUUUAAUUGAUCUUAAAUUUAAAAGAAGAUUUAUUUAUUUGAAAUAUUUUGUAACAUUAUAAAUCUGUUCUUAUAACAUUAUAAAUCUUCUUUUCUGUCACUUUUGAAUUUAAUAUUUAAUUUAAUUUAAAAUUGUAUUUAAUUUAAUUUACAUUUUUAUUUAACAUAAUAAUUUUAGAUAGUGUAUAUAUUGAAUUCUGGAGAUAAAACCAUUGAAAAAUCAUCAGAAAUUGUUCUUGGUGAAGUAAAAGUUGUGAGAAGGCAGUAGACUGUUUGUAUGAGAGGUGAGAGGACGGAUUGUGGAUUGUGUUUGUAUUUAUUUAAUUUUGCUUUCUUUUCCAAUUUUUCUUUGAACCAAUCUAUUCUGACUUUGGUUGGGGUGUGCUGUGGUGUUUAAUUUUGUGGUUGUAUUUUUAAAGGUGGUUUAUUGAGGCGUGUCAGUUAUAAAGUGAGAUUUAUGACGUAGCCUACAUGGGGAUUACCAAGAGGAUUGUCACGUGAACCCGUUCUGUCUAAAUAAAUGUCAUGUUUCAACAUGUUUCAGAAAACUACUUUCGCUAUUAUUCUUUCAUUGGCCACCCCUUGAAUCAUGGUUAAACUAAAACCAAAACCAAAACAAACUUUUUUUUUAUACGGAAACAUUAA